AUGGACGGCGCAAUUGCAGUGAUCAGCACAGACAACGGCGACUCAUCAGCACCCUGCAUUGCCAGCCCCUCAUGGGCACCCCAGCAGCAGGAUCACUCAAAGCAGCAGCAGCAGCAGCAGCAGCAGCAGCAGCAGCAGCAGCAGCAGCAGCAGCAGCAGCAGCAGCAGCAGCAGCGGCAGCACAAGGUGGCUGUGGUCGCUGCGGGAAGGGUGGGGGCAGCGGCCGCCACGCGGCGGCCCAAGAGGACCGAGAGCUUGGUGAACGAGAUCGCGGACGACGAGGUUGAUCUGAACGAGGCUGACCUGGCCGAGGUCGAGGCUGAUCUGGCAGCGCUGGAGGCCGAGGACGCGGCCGGCUCGGGGCCGGGUGCCAGGGGGGAGUUGGUGGCGGCGUGA